AUGGUGGAGGCGAAGCUGCCGCCAGGCUUCAGGUUCCAGCCCAGGGAUGACGAGCUCAUCUGCGACUACCUUGCGGCGAAGGUCGGCGGCAGGAGCUUCCAUGGCCGUCCUGCCAUGGUGGAUGUCGAUCUCAACAAGUGUGAGCCAUGGGAUCUCCCUGAUACUGCUAGUGUUGGGGGCAAGGAGUGGUACUUCUUCAGUCUUCGGGAUCGGAAGUACGCGACGGGGCAGCGAACCAACCGGGCGACCAUGUCAGGCUACUGGAAGGCCACAGGAAAGGAUAGGUCAGUCACUCGGAAGGGAUUGCUGGUUGGGACUAGGAAGACUUUGGUUUUCUAUCAAGGAAGAGCUCCCAAGGGACGCAAGACAGAUUGGGUCAUGCAUGAAUACCGCAUGGAAGGAUCUGCUGCAACUCCAACAUUUCCCUUCAAGGAAGAUUGGGUCCUCUGCAGAGUCUGCUGCAAAAGCAGAGGGAUCUCCACCGACGCAAGCGUGGAGACAAGCCUUGACGAUUCAAGCCCCCAAUCGCUCCCCGUUGUGAUGGGCAACCACAUCAGCUCUGGCCAAACCCCAGUCAACUUGGAGGGGUCUGAGCAGGUGACCUGCUUCUCCAACACAACUCAAAGCCACACAACUCAGUGCCCAAACUUGGAUCCAUGGCUACCCGCAAUGGAGAGGGUCAUUCCCCUAACAAGAUGCUUGCCUUCCCUCAAUCCAGUUCUUUACCAGCGCACCAAGCUGGAGGGUGAUCCAGAGGGAGAGGUGGUACCAAGUUUGGCUGAAGGGAGCUUGGACGGUUGCUUGUCACAGAGUGGUCUGCCAUCAACUCGGAAUCCAUUUUUAGAUUAG